AUCUUUGUUUUUAAUAACUUUUAUAAGGAGGACUACCCUGUAGAUUUUGUGAGAUUUAUAAAUUGUAUAUUUUGACCAGGGAUAAAAUUUUGACAUUUUCAUUUGCUGUCGUGAGCAAAUUGCUUACAUUUUAUAAGUUAAAAUCACUGGUGGAAAAAUAAAUUGCCAAUAAAUAAAGCAAUUAUUGUUAUAUACUUGCAAAUUGAACGUCGUUUAAACGAGUAGGGUUAAAUAUGUCCGGUACUCAGGAUCAUAAGGUACUACUUGCAAACCAGGAUAAGACGAGUGAAGGAAUUACUGUAAACCAAAAGAAGAAACGACCUCGUCAGCGUCUUCGUAAACGAAAUAAAAAAUAUAUAAGUAGUUCUGAAUCAAAAGCUGAAUAUUUGGGAGCAGUUGAAGAGAAGGCAAACGGAACUCUAGAUAAUCAAUUAGGACUACAGUUAAGCGCUCAUCAAAUACCUAAUGGAAAUAGUAAAUCUCCCAUAGAAGUUUCUCAAUCAUCUUCUGAAUCCGUAUCUGUGGAGAUUUCUGAAAAAAUUGGAACAAAGAAGUUUCAUGAAUUUCCAAAUAAUGAAAUAAAAGAAAUCAUUCUAGAUACCUCAAAUAUUUUAUAUCAACCACAAAUAAAAACUACAACCCUAACAAAUAUUCAAAACACAAAUUCACAAAAUAAAAAUAAUUCAGGACUUGGAAAGGAAGCCAUCAUAAAAAUCGCAAUGUCAGCAAACUCUGCUCCUGCCAAUAUUUCUUCUGUUGGAAAAUCUCGUGAGGAGAUAAUGGCCGAACGUGAAGCUAAAAAAUUGGCAAAACAACUGAAAAAGGCAAAGACAUUGGGCACCAACUCAGAAGCUGCACAAAUAACUGCACCGGUUGUAAGUAGGUCCGUAACAAACGUUGUUAGUCAAGAGCAGGAUACAAUUCCUAAACCUUCUUCAAAUGUAAUUGAGACUCGCCCGUCUGCUGCUGUUGAAAAAAGUCGUGAGCAAAUCAAAGCUGAACGUGAGGCCAAGAAGAAAGCAAAACAAGCACUGAAGGAGGUUAAAGCAUCCAACAUAACUGAGAUAACUGCCAAAUUGGAUGACACUAAAAUUACAGAAAGCUUAUCUACCAACACCUUGCAGGACGAUAAGAAAAAAUCCGCUUUGAGUAAGUCUGAAAGACGUGCUAUACAGGAAGCUCAGAGAGCAGCUAAAGCACAGGCAGUCGCACAAAAAAACGUGACGCCAAAAGUAAAACCAACAUCCGUCAACGCCAAGCAAGCUACUAAACUACCAACAGAUGCGUCAGUAAAGGCCACAGUAAAUACUACUAGUGUUUCACCAGCCAAAAGCAUUAGUCCUAUGACAAAGUUUCGUCGCAUAAAUGAUUGCAAGGUGCGCCUCUUCAAUCACUUGGAAAAAGCAAGACAAGAGACCAAUUUGUUUCUCAACAAUCCACACAUACAUCCGAGUAUCGCUCGUCUGGGAGAGCAGUACGCUCAACGCACAAUUGUCGGUUCAAAUGCACGCUGCAUUGGAUUUCUCAAUGCGCUGAAAAUGGUUAUUAGAGACUUUGAGACGCCGCCAAAAAAAGAGUUUGCACGUAGCUUAGAAACGACAAUCACGAACAGUGUGGAACAUUUGCAAAAAUGCCGACCGCUUGCAGUGUCCGUUAGCAAUGCAUACAAACACAUUAAACAUGUGCUGACGCAAUUGCCAACUGAUCAACCCGAAACAGAUCUAAAAGAGAAUUUAUGCCGUUUCAUCGACACCUAUAUUGAAAAUCAAAUUGGCAAAGCGGCCGAAGCGAUUAGCUAUUCUGUGCAGGAAAAAAUCUCAAAUGGCGAUGUUAUACUCACAUUUGGCUGUUCGUCAUUGAUAACGUAUAUUUUUGAGGAAGCACUACGAAGAUGUGUUGAUUUCCGUGUCAUCGUAGUGGAUUCGCGUCCAUUCUGUGAAGGUCAAGAGCUGUUGCGGCGUCUCACUGUUAAAGGAAUCCCUUGCAGUUAUGUGCUUAUCAAUGCUGUUAGCUUCGUUAUGCCGGAAUCAACUAAAGUGUUAUUGGGGGCGCAUGCACUGCUGGCUAAUGGAUAUGUUAUGGCACGUACUGGGACCGCACAAGUUGCACUAGUUGCACACUCAUUCAAUGUGCCUGUGUUGGUGUGCUGCGAAACGCAUAAAUUCAGCGAACGGUCACAAACAGAUGCGAUAGUUUAUAAUGAGCUGGGCAAUCCUGAUGAUCUGAUAAGAAGCGCGCAAUGCAGCCUGGCGAAUUGGCAGACGAAGGGCAAAAUGUCACCCUUGAAUCUGAUGUACGAUAUUACUCCACCUGAACUAGUCACUGCAGUGGUCACCGAAGUGUCCAUACUACCCUGUACUAGUGUGCCUGUGAUAUUGCGCAUAAAACCAACUGAAAUCGGUUAUUAAACAGUUUGUUAAAAUUAAUCGCUUUUCAUCUAACACACAACUAAAUACACUCUUGUGUAAAAUAAUGUUGUAAUAAACUUAUUUAAGUUAUGAGUAAAAUUAAAAUUUUUGUUUUGGGCGUUUAAGCA